AUGUACGAUCCAGAAGACCAUGAUCUCUAUCUCACCCCAAAAAUUGCAUAUUUUUCCUCGGUGAAAGGAGGAGCGUCACGGCAUAUGCUAGUGAAUGGAAGCGAUCAGCAAAUUGCCGUAAAAAUCAAAUGCAGCAAUAAUUCUUUAUAUCGGGUCUCUCCAGUCUAUUGUAAUUUAGUCCCUGGUCAAGCGCAGCGGCUUCAGAUUGUCCGCGAUCCCGGAGCUGCAAAAGUAGACAAAUUAAUAAUACUUUUUAAACGAAGUGAUGCUAUCAACCCACGGGAUGCGUUUGUGCUUACCAAUGACGAGGAGAGCGAAAGCGUGCAAAAACGACUGAUUGCUCUUAUCUCGCAAGAAGACGUCGCGGUUCAGCAAGCGCCACGGACCAGCUUGAAAACAAUUUUGCAGAAGAAUUCUGUGGCU